CUCUCCCUUCUCUUCCUUCCAGUGAAAGAGUUCUUAGCCAAAGCCAAAGAAGAUUUUCUUAAAAAAUGGGAAAAUCCUGAUCAGAAUACAGCCAAUUUGGAUAACUUUGAUCGAAUCAAGACCCUCGGCACAGGCUCCUUCGGGCGGGUGAUGCUGGUGAAACACAAGGAGACUGGGAACCACUUCGCCAUGAAGAUCCUGGACAAACAAAAGGUGGUGAAGCUGAAACAGAUCGAGCACACCCUGAAUGAGAAGCGCAUCCUGCAGGCUGUCAACUUUCCGUUCCUUGUCAAACUUGAGUUUUCCUUCAAGGAUAACUCAAAUUUAUACAUGGUCAUGGAGUAUGUGCCCGGCGGGGAAAUGUUCUCACAUCUGCGGCGGAUUGGCAGGUUCAGCGAGCCCCAUGCCCGCUUCUACGCCGCCCAGAUCGUCCUGACCUUCGAGUAUCUGCACUCGCUCGAUCUCAUCUACCGGGACCUGAAGCCAGAGAACCUUCUCAUCGACCAGCAGGGCUACAUUCAGGUGACAGACUUUGGUUUCGCCAAGCGUGUGAAAGGCCGCACCUGGACCUUGUGCGGGACCCCCGAGUACCUGGCCCCUGAGAUCAUCCUGAGCAAAGGCUACAACAAGGCUGUGGACUGGUGGGCCCUGGGGGUUCUCAUCUACGAGAUGGCUGCUGGCUACCCCCCCUUCUUCGCUGACCAGCCCAUUCAGAUCUACGAGAAGAUUGUUUCUGGGAAGGUGCGGUUCCCAUCCCACUUCAGCUCUGACCUGAAGGAUCUGCUGCGGAACCUCCUUCAGGUAGACCUUACCAAGCGCUUUGGGAACCUCAAGAAUGGGGUCAAUGACAUCAAGAACCAUAAGUGGUUUGCCACGACUGACUGGAUUGCCAUCUACCAGAGGAAGGUGGAAGCUCCCUUCAUACCAAAGUUUAAAGGCCCUGGGGACACGAGUAAUUUUGAUGACUAUGAAGAGGAAGAGAUCCGAGUCUCCAUCAAUGAGAAGUGUGGCAAGGAGUUUUCUGAGUUUUAGGGGUGUGCCUGUGCCCCCAAGGGUUUUCUUUCUUUUUUUUUUUUUUUUUUUUUUUUUUUUUAAUGUGACAGUGUUUCGCCAGAGGGCCCCAGAGUUCCUUACAUCUAAUUUCACCCCCACCCCACCCUCCAGGGUCGGGGAACAGGAAGCCCAGAUAUUCAGAGAGACAGGAAUACCAGCUGCUCUCCCUCAUCCCCUUCACCCUCCUGCCCUCCUUAAUGCUUUUGCCUUCUUCCACCCCAGCCCACUUCUGCUUGUUUUAAACGAGUAUCUCAGUUCUAGUCAGACCAGUGUAUCCAGGGACAGGGUGUGGAAAGAGGGGCCCAAACUUAGCUCCAGCCCCCUUCCCUCCCCACCUCCCUCACCAGACCACCAGCAAACUUGCUAAGGGAGAAUAAAAGAAUGGCCAGCCUUCCCUUCAAAGCAAUCUUGCCUGGGAAGGAGAGAUUUUAGUGACAUGUGCAGUGGGCUACUUGCUAAAAUUUUUUAAACAAUUUACAAACUUAUUUAAGUUCCACCAGUGCCUCCCAUCCCCCCCUCUCCAAAUCCAUUUUAACAAGGCUGGGAAGCAGAUUGACUUGUAAAGGAAAGGGCUGGGGUUCCACCCUCUCCCCCAAGCUGCUAAUCCCCUCCUCCCCUGCCAAGCCUGGAAAGGUCUCAGCCUCUUUAGGAAGCCCCUAAAGCCCCUACCCCCUUCUGCCCCAACAGACCUUUCUUCACCCUUGGGCUUUGGGACCCAGACAAAGCAGCUGCCCCUCUCCCUGACAAAGAGGAGUUGUCCCCCCAAAAGGUAGAGGGGGAGCCCCAAGCCCAGGGUCUUUCCUCCCCACAGCACUCCCCCAAACUCCUAAAUUUUAUUCUUAGCUAGAUUUUAAUGCCCGGCCUCUUCUCAGCUCAGUUGGGAAGGCAACCCUGGCAAAAGGAGGCAGAGCCCCCCUGCCCCCGCUGUGGACCCCCGUUCAAGCCCAGGGUUGCUAGGGAGGGGCUCUGUUUUAUUCACCCAACAGCCCUGUCCCCCUCCCCCCCAUCCUGGGCGCUCCUCUGCUUAGCUGUCAGCUGUCUAUCACCUCUUAGCCCAUUUGUGCUUUUUUUCUCUCUUAAUAGAAAAGUUGGGAGCCCCUAUUCAACCUCAAAUCUGCCCCUCUCAGAACUUCUCCCCAUCCCAGGAGGAGCUCUCAGGCUUGGGAUGGGGCCCCGGGUGGGCGCAGGGGUGAAUCAAUCUGUGUGCUGGGAAGGAUGAGACUUCCUCUUGAACAGUGUGCUGUUGUAAACAUAUUUGAAAACUAUCACCAAUAAAGUUUUGUUUAAAAAAAAAAA